CUCCCCGCCAUGUUUGUUGAGGGCAGCUUGCUGUCUAUAGGGGCAGUUUGCUGAGAACAGUAGAUAGAUCUGCACAGCCGGUGACUAAUAAGGGGACUAAAUAGAGGCGAUGAGCCUCGGCAGUGCGUCUACAACCGCCAUGUCCUCCUCAGCCAGUACAUCGUCUGGGAAAGGAGCAGGAAAGCUGACCAGUUUUGUCCCUGAGCUUCAGAGCAUGAUGUUUUCACUUGGAGAUGCGCGGCGCCCCCUGCAGGAGACUGCUGUGCUGGUGGAAGACAUUGUUCAUACUCAGCUUAUCAAUUUGUUGCAGCAAGCGGCCGAUGUGUCUCAGAUGAGAGGGGCCAGGGUCAUUUCAGCUGAAGAUCUUCUUUUCCUCAUGCGCAGAGAUAAGAAAAAACUGAAACGGCUGCUGAAAUACAUGGUGUUCCGGGAUUACAAAUCUAAGGUCCUCAAAGGCGUUGAGGAGGAGGAUCUAGAAGCAGAGAAGCUGGCCGCUAACAAUAACGCAAACAAACGGCAAAAAUUAGCCCAGGACUUUCUGAACUCCAUUGACCAAACUGGGGAGCUCCUUGCCUUGAUGGAAGACGAUGAGAUCGAUGAAGUUAAGCAAGAACGGAUGGAGCGAGCUGAAAAGCAAACCCGGAACAUGGACUCAGCACAAUAUGCGGAAUUCUGCGAAAGUCGUCAGCUAAGUUUUUCUAAAAAGGCCUCCAAAUUUCGAGACUGGCUGGACUGCAGCAGCAUGGAGAUUAAGCCAAACGCUGUGGCCAUGGAAAUACUCGCAUAUCUGGCCUAUGAAACCGUGGCUCAGUUAGUGGAUUUGGCUCUGCUUGUGAAGCAAGAUAUGUCUCCCAAGACCAGUGACCCAUUCUCCCAUGCCAUGUCUGCUACGUACAUACAAAGUCAUAAUUUUUCAGAGACGGUCUUUCAGAAUCAGCCACUCAAGAGCAAUCCAGACACACCAGAGAACACUCCUCCUGCUACACCGACUCCCCCUUCAACCGGUGCCCAACAUAUGGGCAAAAACCCACCUGGGUCACUUGGUAAUGGUUCACAGACACCUGAAUCUGCUAAGGCAAAACAGAGGAAAAGGAAGAAGAGCGCUGCAGCCGGUGGGAUCGAGUCGAACAGUGAUGCCAUCCAGCCUAGCCACAUCAGAGAGGCCAUACGACGCUACAGCCACAAGAUUGGCCCGCUCUCCCCAUUCACGAGCGCCUACCGCAGGAGCGGGAUGCCAUUUUUAGCCUGUUAGUAUAUCCAGCGAGGAAGGAAAAGGGAAAACAAGGAGAAGGUUACGUUAAGGUGAUGCCUCCAUGUCAGAAGGAAGGGCCUGGUCCCCGGAGUGAGUGGGCCGCUUGUUGUGACUAUGCACUGGCUGGAUGUCUCAUUUUCAGCCCCCUCAAUCUUCACGCUUGUUUACUAGUCGGAGCAUUGAGCUAAUUACCGGCAGGAUGUUUGGGAGCUUUGUGUGUGGGUGGAGGAGAAUUCACAUCACACACUUGCGUCGCUGGCUACAAGCACACUGCCAUCAGCUGCCCACGGAUGCGAAACGCGCUGUCAUCCUUUCUCCUGGGUGGGGCCUGUUUACAUAGACCUCGAGAAGGGAGCGCUCUGGUUUUCAUUGUGUGCAGGAAAUAGUAGUUGCAGGUGUCGUGUGUCACUCCGGGCUUCCAGGACGUCCGAAAAAAGUGCUGGACCAAAAAGAUUUUUUGACGUUUCAGCACAUUUAAAGGGACCCUAACCACUUUUGAAAAAAAAAAUAAAAAUAAAACAUUUUUAUUUUCUGUGUAGUGGAAGAUCAACUGUUGUUCCCUUUUAUCAGCCAUUACUGAUAGGACGUCCAGAACAAUCCCGGCCCCAUGAUCACUACUUUACUCCGCAUAUCUGAGAUCCUCCAUCUGCAUUUACACAUUGUACAUAGGUAUACGCUUCAUACGUCUCUUUAAAGGGGUUCUGCCAUGAUUGAUGUAAAAAAUGAUAAUCAGACAUCAUAUAGGACAUGAGAAUCUCUUUCUAACCAGAACCAGCCCUGGACCUCACAUGGAUCCAGAGAUCUCCACAUUCACUGCUCCAAUUUAUCUGCUAGAUUAUGUUCAGCCUGGUCUCUCGGGGGGGGGGGGGGGGGGGUCCUUUCUCCUGCAGCUCUCUCCCUGUAAGGGCUUAUGCAUACGAACGUGUGUCGGCCGGGCCCGUGCUACGGACGCAGACCCAUCCACUUGAAUGGGGUCCGUGAUCCACAUCUGACAGUCCGCACCGCAAAAAAGUAGUGGAUGCACAGACAGGAACCCCACUUCCGUGCCUCCGUUCCGCACCGCACCUUUGGUUGCGGACCCAUUCAAGUGAAUGGGUCCACAUCCAUGAUGCGGUGCCCGUAUAUUGCGGAACCGCUGUUUGCCGGCCGCAAUACAGGCAACGGCCGCGUGCGCAUGAGCCCUAACUGCCACAUAUGGGUGGUGGCAGU